UCUACCAUGGCGACGGGGGCGCUGAAGUUGCGGGCGUUUAUUUACGGAUACAUUUGCAUCUUCUUGUUAAAAUCCGACACCUUUUCCUGUGAACAGUUUUCUGUUUCUUUUACACAACCGUCGGACUGUGGCGUUGAGAACUAUUUUGAUAUUUCGAGCUUGUCUUGUGUGAAAUGUGGACCAAACCAAAUGAGCAGUAAAUCAGGGUUCAGCUGCGAGUGUCAAACAGGUUUCAAAGUGCUAGCCAGCACUGGAGCGUCCAUCACAUGUCAGAAGUGCUCGGACUCCGCGCCGGGUGUUACUCAGGAUGGAUACGGUUGUGUCCGAUGCCCAGGCAGUCCGGCUGAGGACGGCAAAUGUCAGUGCCCGACGGGAAGCAUCCUGGUGGAAAGAAACCUGAAUGGGACUCUUCUCACAGUAGCCGCGUGUGAGGCUUGCAGUGGAACAGAGCCUGCCUUCUCUGUCCCAGAUCCCAAAGGCAACAGGUGCGUGAGAUGUCAGGACUCCUUCAUAAACACGUCUCAGUCCUGUACAUGUGGGUCUUCGAACACCCUGGCCGGCGGAAUGUGUUUCCCCCCCAGCAACCUGCCCCCCCCGAGCAAUGUGCCUAGCGUCUACUUUGCUCAGCUGGGCCUUGCUGUGCCGUCGGCGUGGCUCUCCAGUUUCCUGUACUCAUCUGCAGCUGCAUGUCUGCUGUUCUCCAAUCGGACAGCGUGUCAGGCUCUGGGGAACAUGUGUGUGUUGAACAUGCACUCUUUGAGCACGCUCAGUAACGACGCCUGUGGCCUAUACAGCACCAUCUACAGAACCACGGCAGCACAGGGCAACAACCAGGGUAUCCCGUACUGGAGGGUUAGCUUGCCUUGGCUGUAUUAUGGAGAACAGGCUGGCUUGGCAUCGAGAGUCCUGCAGACUGACCCACUGCCUGUAGGGUUCAGCUUCAAAGGUGUAGAUCGGAACACCAACGUGGAGCUGUUGGCUGCUGUGUACUCAGUGCGAGGAGAGUUUAUGAGAUGGGAGAACGUGAGCAGAGGGACCCUGCAGCUUUGUCCAGACACUACAACCAGACUACAGGCCGCUUUUAUGUUUGGGACAGCCUACAAACAAAAAUGUGUUCUGUCAGUGUCUGAUCUCUUGGCAAGCCAGUCGGAGCCUCUGUUCUAUGACGUCUUCCUGGUACAGCAGAAGGCUCCUGGAGACAGGCGUCUGAUUGCAGUGCCCACCCUGAAUCUCAACCUGCAAUUCAAUGGCCAGUCUGUCAACCAGGCUUCUAACAUGAAUGGCUGGUACCUGACGCGGAGGUUGGUUCUGGUGGAUACUUUAAGUGGGAGAGAGAAGAGUCUAAGCUCCACCCCCCGAGCCAUACGCGUGGCCUCUGACUUAAAGAUAAGGUUUCAGUUAGUGCCAAGCACACAGAAAGGAGAAGUAUAUCCCCCUCUAACGACUGUGUCCUACUCCGACAUUCUCAUCUCCGAUCCGGUCAAGCAAACUGUAACUGUUUCUUUCUCUGUGGAAUAUGAGAUGGAUCAAAAUGAAGCUCGAGUCAAAACUGAUAUUGCUCUCGGUGUGUUGGGGGGAGUGGCUGUUGUGUACUCCCUGCUGAAGACAGCAAGCUGGAAGAGAAGAAUUGCCUCUCCUCUUAUCGAUCUACAGACCAUCCUGAAGUUCCUGCUGUUUUACGCUGGAGACCUGGCCAACGUGUUCUUCGUCGUCACCGUGGGAACUGGGCUGUACUGGCUCAUCUUCUACAAGACUCUGGAGGCUCAGCAGUUUGUGUCUGUGUUUUUGCCGUUACCUGCUCAGGAGGAGCGUUUUGUGAUAUACGUUGGCUGUGCUUUCGCACUUAAGAUGGUACAGUUUCUCCAUAAACUCUUGGUGCAGUUGUCUGUGGAUAUAUUCUUUAUAGACUGGGAGAGACCUCGAGGCAAAGCCAGUAAGCCUGUGAAUGGGCCCGGCGAGGUGAAGACUCCAGCGUCCCCCGUCAGCAUCUGGAGGACGUACUUUGUGGCAAACGAGUGGAACGAGAUCCAGACCAUCCGUAAGAUCAGCCCCACCUUCCAGGUCGUCUCCGUACUCUUCUUCCUGGAGGUGGCGGGCUUCUCCAGUCUGGCUCUGAGGGACCCCUCCUCAGAACUUCAGCGCUCUGCUGAGGCGUACACACCUGCCUACAGCCGCGUCCUGCGCUAUGGUGUAGCCACUGCUAUAUGGCUCUGCCUCGGCUUCAUACAGAUGACAUUCUUCUCUGUGGUCUAUGAGCGCUUUGUUGAAGACAAGAUUCGCCAGUUUGUGGACCUCUGCUCCCUCAGUAAUAUAUCAGUGCUGCUGCUUUCUCAAAGAUGUUUUGGCUACUACAUCCAUGGUCGCUCCGUUCACGGACACGCAGACACUAACAUGGAGGAGAUGAACUCCAACAUGAAGAGAGAGAUGGAGAAUCUGUGUGGGCAGAGAGGACUGCUGCCUAACUCUGAUGUUCAGACGUUUCAGGUCUCGGUAACAAGCCGCCUGCGAGCACAGUAUGACCGCAUCCUGGAGCCUCUCAGCAGGCGAAAUGGGCCGUCGCGAUUGGUAGACGCCUCAGCCAAUCCGUAUGAGCAGAGCACAAAGGCGUACCACACCAUGAACCGAUUCCUGGGCUCUAUCAUCGACCAUGCUCAUCGCGAAAUGGAUUACAUCGUCAAAGACAAACUUCUGUUUGAGAGGAUCAUUGGAAUGGAAUUUAUCGAACCUCUGGAAAAGAGCAUCUUUUAUAAUGAUGACUCCUACUCCUUUGUUGAUGUGCUUUACUAUGGGAAUGAGGCGACACUGUUGAUUUUUGACAUGCUGUUCUUCUGCGUUGUGGACCUGGGCAGCCAGAACUUUGUGCUAGCAUCUGUACUCACAUACCUGCAGCAGCUGAUCUUCAGGCUGGUACGAAAUGGUCUGGGGCGCAGGAACCUGGCCACAAAGACCCUGGUUGACAAGCGAUUUCUCAUCUGAUUUGUCUUUGAUCUGUUUGUGGAAUCUUGUCUUGUCGUUCUUACGGUAAAUCCUCUUUUGCCACUGUUGAUGCUCAAAGCCAUAUAUGCAUUUGUGUCUUUAGUUGAUUUAAUACUUUUACAAUAGUUGAAUGUAGCUUACUAUUUCUCAUUUAGAAUACAUAAAAUUGAGUAUUUUUGUACAUGUAGAUGACUAUGUGAACCAAUUGCUAUACUUUAUAUAAAUUUUCGAUAGGUAAAUGGUUUUGCAUUGUGAGGCUCUGUCAUUUGUAUUUAUUUACCUUUUAUAAGAACACUUCAGAACUGACCAUCAGCUUAUUUGAUUCUCUCUUUCAAAGAGGCUUUGUGUCCUGUGCAGCGUCUAUAAUGAAAACUUCAAGCUGUGGUAUUCAGUUCUUCAUACACUCACAUUAAAGGUGAACAACUGUGAGGUAUUCCACUGCGUGCAGUGCAAUAGCUGUGCAUACGUUUGUAGCGUUACCAUUAAUAACAAGUCAAGUCAGCCCAGUGGCAAGGAAAAGCUCCCGUGAUGAAUCAACGUCAUGGACCAAGGUUGAAUCACCGUUGUGUUUUGACGCUGAAACCGUGACAUUGUUUCAAUGUCUUGCUUAUUCAGUGGUUUCACCGUUAAAUCGCAAUUGCAUCAACGUACCACUGUUGAAAUGUUUCAAUUGGUUAAUUUUAUUGAUUUGAAAUUGUUGUAUACUGCUGUAAUUGUGUAUGGUAGAUGGAAAAAGU